AGGGGAGGGGAGGAGAGGAGAGGAGGGGUUACAAACCCAGUCCCGCGGAACAUCCUGCAAACACAUCUAAGACUCGGAACAAAACUCUGCACAGUUUCCUCUCACGCUGCUGCUGGCUGCGGCUCACGUCUCCUCCGAGCUCCCGCCGCCGGGAUGGCUGCUAGUUUGCCCACCGGAGGAGUCCCCACACUUUAGACAGAGCCGUGGAGUUGUUGUUGUGUAGUUGACUCUGCAGGUCGAUGUCCCCGCUGUCGGACUGGUGUGUGUGUGUUCAGACGCGCGGCGGUGGGACAUCCGGAAUGGGGGAUCCGUAGGAGGAGACGACGCUCGCUGCUGUGUGUGUGUGCUGUUGGUAAAUAGAGCGCACCAACGCGCGCGCGCGCGCACAGAGCCUACACGCACGAGAUGGACUUUAAGAAAACAAAAUUUGGGAGGUUCAUGAACUGCAGGGUUCCAGCCAGUAAGAGAUACCAGCCCACCGAAUACGAACAUGCUGCAAACUGUGCCACACACGGGUUGUGGAUCCUCCCCAGUCUGCUGGGCGGGUCUGUGCUCUACUUCCUGUCUGUGGACCAAUGGCAUCGCAUGGCUGCCUGGCUCUAUGGGAGCGGUCUCACAGGCCUGUUUGUCACCUCAACACUCUUCCACACCGCUGCCUGGAAAAUCAGCCACCUCCGGAAGGUGGAGCAGCGUUUCCACAUGUGUGACAGAAUGGCCAUCUACUUCUUCAUAGCUGCGUCCUACUCUCCCUGGUUGAUGCUGAGGGAGCUGGGGCCCUGGGCGUGCCACAUGCGCUGGCUGAUAUGGGUCAUGGCUUGUGUAGGAUCCAUGUAUGUCUUCUUUUUCCACGAGAGGUACAAGCUGGUGGAGCUGUUUGGAUAUGUGGCCAUGGGGGUCGUUCCAGCUCUGGUCAUCCUGUCUAUGGUGGAUCGUGAUGGUGUGUGUGAACUGGCAUUAGGAGGCAUCUUCUACGUGGUGGGCGUGGUCUUCUUCAAGAGCGAUGGCCUCGUCCCGUUCGCCCACGCCAUCUGGCAUCUUUUCGUCGCAGUGGGAGCAUGCAUUCAUUACUACGCCAUCUGGAGGUACCUGUACUUACCUGGGCCGCUGCUGCAGACGUCGAGGUGACUAGCUGCUCUCAGCUGACAUCACCUGUGUUCUGAGACCACUGUGUUUUUGACUGCAACUAACCCGACUCUUGAGGCUACACAGAUUGUGCUGAGAUGAUCUGACUGUCAGAUGAGAAACACUCGGACCAAACACUCGUAUCGUGUAACUACAUGUCAUUUCAACAUGCUAAUCAUAUAACAGACUGAUCAGGGAACAUUCAGUUUGACUGGAUCAAAGAUGAGCAAAAACACAACUGAACUCUGCUGUAUCAGACAUGUUAUUAUCACACAUGAUGUAAGAGGUGUCUCCAUCACCUCAUGGGAGAUGUUGGCACAAAUGGCAACAUAUAAAGUGCCAGAAACUUUAGAUGACGAAUGUUCAGUGAAAAGUAUACUAUGCAGGAUUUUCCAACAAAGCAAUCUGUAGACUCAUACAAAAGUAAUCCCUCAAAUGUCAUGUAUGACCCACUAGCAAUUAGCAAUCAUCCAGCAAUCUAACAACUAACAAUCAGCUUAGCUCUAAAGCCUUGUUAUGAGUUAAAUUAAAAAUCUACAGUGAUUACUUUAACUUGGUUGGAGGCGAGGUAUACGAAAUUAGGGACCUGCCCUCAGCUCCCUACUGACACCAGCAGAAGAACGAACUAAAGGAAACUUAAAUAGGCUCAAACAUGAUUUAUUUAUAUAUUAUUCCCCUCCCCAAAGAAAAUACAGGAGGAAAAAAAAUUGAAAAAAGGUAAUCAGAGGAACUUCCGCUAAUCAGGAAAAAAGCAAAACAUUGCAAAAAAGAAAAAUAUCCCCCCCAAAAAAGGAAUCAAACUCACCAGGGUGGAAACAAGAAAAGAACAACCGGUCGAGGAAACACUAAAAGCAAGAGGUUUAUUUUUCCUCCAACCCAGGCUGUCCGGUCUCCACCACCGUCCUCCUUUCUUCCUCAGCAAAGUCCAAAAACCCUCCCCAAACAAUUCCCUGCUCGUUUGUGCCCCAAAGGCCACACCCCUUCACCUGUGUGCAGCAGCACACCUGAACCAAGUUAACUUAACAAGAUAGAGACACUGCAAGACACAUUGACAGUAUAUUUGAAGGCUACUCUGCUUCAAAACCCUCCAACAAUACUGUACAUGUCUCCCCUCACCUUUGUGGCGCUGUCACACAGGUGCCAGAACAUAAGCAGCAGGCAACCAAGAGGAAACUACGAGAAUCACAAGCACAGUGCCAAAAAAUACCCCCAAAUAUCGAAAGACGAAAACACCAAGUGGACAAAGCUCUCACUUUUGCUUGCAGGCGUGUUUUUGAACUGUAACUGACAAUUCCUGCAUAGUACACCUUUAAAUGAACAGUUUCACAAUUUGCUAUUUUACUUAUUCACCUUCCUGCAGAGAGUUAGAUAAGAAGAUUGAAACCACUCUCAUGUCUGUGUGCUAAAUAUGUAGCAUAUAUGCUACUUAGAUGCUACAUACGUGUACAUAUGUGUGUACGCCAGGAGGCAGUUAGCUUAGCUUAGCACAAAGACUGGAAACAGGGGGAAACAGCUUGCUGCCUCUGUCUAAUGGAGUGAUUACACCAAAUUACGAAGAAGGGGGAGUUUUUCCUUGUCUACCGUGAGGAUCCAAGGACAGAGGGAUGUCGUAUGCUGUAAAGCCCUCUGAGCCAAAUUUGUGAUAUUGGGCUUUAUAAAUAAAAUUGAAAUUGCGCCGGGUGACGCAACUGACAAAGACAUGAAAUUCAUGCAGUUUGUGCUAGUUAGAAUUUUUCAACUUUAAGACAUUCGCGUGACGCCAUGUCGUGGAAGCCUUUCAGCGCUGAUAUCUAGUUAACAUUACUGAGAAUCAGAAAAGGACGACGAACGGCAGUACAGAGACAGAACAAAAAAAGGGAAGGGCGCACAUCUUCCGUGUUGUUAACAUUACUUGAUUCCAGUUAUCAGUUGAACGUUUGUUUAAUCUUUAAUCACGACAUAAGUUUGCAUAUGCCCGUUGGGAUUCCGUUGUCACACCUAUGGACAGCUCCAAAUUCUCAACCCUCUCGUUUUUGUUGUCGCCUUUUCAUCACUACAAAUGCAACUGUAUUAUAUCCAGCUACAAAAACAUAACAAGCUGGAUAUUAAAACGGGAGUACAGAGUGUCGUUGCUUUGGAGAUGAUAUGUCUCGUCUAGCUGCGUUGGUGUGAACUGGGCUUAAAGCUGCCUCAUCAACUAAUUUUUACAAAAAUCUAAGAUCUAAAAAUGACAAGUUGCAGUUUCAUGCACGCUCUAAUAUGUAACUUGAUAACAGGAACUUCCUGGAGUCUUGUCAUCACCUUGAUGUUGUGAGGCAAUCAACAGACACUCCAGGAAGUCAUUGCUUUUAUGCUACGCUACGCUAAGUUAAGCUAAGCUAAGCCUAGCAGCCUCUGGUGGUAGCUUCAUAUUUACCAUAUGGAUAUGAGAGUGGAUCAACUUUAUUUUUUUAAAGAUUUUUUGCCUUUAUUUUAUAGGACAAAUUUAGCGUGAAAUGGAGAGAGAUAGUGGGAAUGACUUGAUUUGUACAUUGGGUGCCUGCGCUACCAGGUGAGCUAGUGGGCACCGCAACUUUCUUAUCUAACUCUCUGCAAGACAGCAAAUAAACCUACAAACUGUCAAACUAUUCCGUUAAUCACAAAACUCCAUAACAAAACUGACGCUAUACAGUCUGUGACUACACCUCCUGAUCUACCCUACACUAGUAACUCCACUCUUUCCAUAUUCCAACUGUAAGUGAUGUGCCAAAAUGUACCACAGAGGCAUUCCUUUAUACUGGUGCUAACCCUGACUUUAUUCUAGUUUUGUCCAUUUUGCACAGCGGCAAAAUAUGAAACUGUAGAGCUGGCACUACAAACAACACACUUGCUGACACUGGUUUCACAAACAAACAUCUUAGGUUGACUCAAGGAUGACACACUGACGACCGAUGACCCGCUUUUAUUCCAGGAAAAUGUCGACUGUUGAGGAGGCCUCAGUAGAGCUGGCCUGAUUGUGAUUCUGUUUUGAUGUUAGUCUUGAAUCUGCCUCAAAAUCAACUCUCCUAAGUUACUGUAAAAUGAUUUGAAAGAUGAAAACGUAGAGCUAAUGUAGCGCUAACUGUGCUCUGGGUCAGAUGUUAAAUUUGUAAGAAUGUCAAGGCUGUGCGCGUUGAUUAUCUUGUUUAGAGGACUAUGAUUGCCAGUUUUGUUUCAGUGAUGCACUCUUAACCUUGAGCACUUUUCUAUCAGCAGCAACAGUGUUGAAUAAAGUAGAAUUCCCCCGAAUUCCUCUGAAUGACAGACUUUAAAAGGGACAAUGCGCCACGUUAUAUGUGGAUAUCCAGUCAGUGUUGAUGGUAAAUGUAGUCAGUCUAAGCAGUAAAUUAUAUUUACUGAAAAAUAGGAGGGAAUGUUUACGUGUCAGUGAGGACACACAGACAGGAGACAGGACACGUAGAGCACGCCCCCUGGAGGCAAAGUACAAGCUGAUAUGAGCUGUAGUUCUUCCUGCCUCCGUCUACGUCACUGUGACGUCAAAUGAUGGUGCUGGAUCCAAGAAAAACACAUGCUGCAGCUGCAAGCUCAACAUUCUCUGUCAAUACAGCACGCACUGAGAAAUCUGUUGCUUCAAUCGACUACAUUUACCAUCAACACUAAUUGGACAGCCACAUAAAAGAUGGUGGAUUUCCCCUUUAACACACAGGCAUAUUAUAUUUCUUUUUUUACUUUUACAGUUUGAAUUUUUAUACUUCAAACACUGUGUGAUCACAUUUGCAGGUUCCCCCUAACCUCUAGAAGUUCAACUGUUUCUGUUGUAACAGAAAAACAGAGCACUUACUCAGGAAGUGAGCUUUUUUUUUUUUUUAAAUCAAAUGAUCUAUUUUCUAAAAUUGUAUUUUCACUGUAUUAAAGAAGAGACACUAUAUUACA